UGAGAGGGAGUGUGAAGAUGCUUAAGGAGCGCCCAGGGAUGGCGGAGGAUCCUCAGCAGCAAGCGGGCGUUCCUGUGGUGAAGCUGGAGAAGGAGUUGCCGUGGGGUAGGGCAAGGGAAGACUCGAGCCCUGAAACUUUCCGUCUGAGGUUUUGGCAGUUCCGCUACCAGGAGGCAGCUGGUCCCCAGGAAGCCCUCAGGGAGCUGCAGGAACUCUGUCGCAGGUGGCUGAGACCCGAGCUGCACACCAAGGAGCAGAUCCUGGAGCUGCUGGUGCUGGAGCAGUUCCUGACCAUCCUGCCCCGGGAGUUCUAUGCCUGCAUUUGGGAGCAUGGCCUGGAGAGUGGCAAGGCCUUGGUGGCCCUGGUGGAGGGCUUGAUGGAGAGAACACUGGACGCCAAGGCGGUUCCGUGUCCUGUGCAGGCAGAGCAGGAGGAGACAGCACUUUGCAGAGGCACCUGGGAGCCUGAUGUUCACCCGGGGCCAGUGGAGGUCAAGCCCGAGUGAGAGCUGGGAACUCCUGGGGAAGGAGUUCAAGGCCUGGACCAAAGUGCCGAGGAGCAGCACCUCAAUCAGGACCCUGGAGGUGGGACACAAGCCUUCCAGGAGCAGGUGCUGCCGAUGCUUCCGUCUGGUUCAGGCCUCCCUGUGGUGAGCACCAGAGACCAAGAGAUAGCAGUUGGGUUCCUCACGACUGGAUCCCAGGGAUUGGGAGCCUUCAAAGACAUGGCCCUGGCCUUCCCUGAGGAAGAAUGGAGAUAAGUGACGCCAGCCCAGAUAGACUGCUUUGGGGAGUACGAGGAACCUCAGGCCUGCACAGUUUCUCCAUGUGCUGAGAGCAAGGAGAAGGAGCUGAAACCACAGCAGGAAGACCUCAAAGAGGCGUUUGCUGGACUGACCGCAGAGGGGUUUGGGGAAGUCACUCUCCAGGGUGCUGGGCUUGGGCGGACCUCUGAGCAGGAGCCCAGUGGCUCUGUGGGCAGCCUGCCAGGGCUUCCUCCCCCUCAGCAGGGCACAGUCCCCAUUCCUGAUGAACUCAAAACUCAUAGCUCCUUCUGGAAGCCCUUCCAGUGCCAUGAGUGUGGAAAAGGCUUCAGUCGAAGCUCCAAUCUUGUUAGACACCAGCGCACACAUGAGGAGGAGAAAUCCUAUGGGUGCACGGAGUGUGGGAAGGGCUUUACCCUGAGGGAGUAUCUCAUGAAACACCAGAGAACACACUUGGGAAAGAGACCCUAUGUGUGCAGCGAGUGCUGGAAAACCUUCAGCCAAAGACACCACCUUGAGGUCCACCAGCGGAGCCACACAGGGGAGAAGCCCUACAAAUGUGGGGACUGCUGGAAGAGCUUCAGCCGGAGGCAGCACCUGCAGGUCCAUCGCAGGACGCACACUGGGGAGAAGCCUUACACAUGUGAGUGAGGCAAGAGCUUCAGUAGGAAUGCCAACCUGGCUGUGGACCGGCGUGCCCACACUGGUGAGAAGCCGUACGGGUGCCAGGUGUGUGGCAAGCGCAGUAAGGGCGAACGACUGGUCCGGCACCAGAGGAUCCACACAGGAGAAAAGCCCUACCAUUGCCUGGCCUGUGGGCGAAGCUUCAACCAGAGGUCCAUUCUUAAUCGGCACCAGAAGACUCAACACCGCCAGGAACCCCCGGUACCCUGAGGGAGGUCUCCUCAUGCAGCCUAACUGCUGGGCUUUUGUGCUUGUGGAGGAUGGGAUG